GAGGGACAUGACGAGGACCUGACCGAGGACUGCUCGUUUCCACACGGUGCUGAUGUAGACCGAUUCCGGACAGGCUGGAUGCAUGCAAAAACAGUGCAGACACAUGACGGACAUGGACCAUAGAGCCACAGUCCUUAGGGUAAGGACAGCUUGACAAGUCCACAAUGGAGAAGUAUUUGACCGACCCACCAGAUGGUGGCUACGGUUGGGUCGUGGUCAGCUCGUCCUUCUUCAUCAUGGGCCUCACUGCUGCUGUUCUAAAGAACUUUGGCCUGUUUUUCCUUGAAAUCCAAAGACACUACAGUGUCCUUACCAGUACUACCUCUUGGGUGACCUCAACCACUAUUGCUGUGUUUCAUUUGGGAGCUCCGCUUGCCAGUGCCCUCAGUGUGCACCUAUCACAGCGAGCUGUUAUCAUGAUCGGAGGGCUUCUGGCUGCCUCAGGAAUGGUUAUUGCCUCUUUAGGCCUCAGCCUGCCUGGGAUGUAUCUGUCUAUGGGUGUGCUGCAAGGGCUUGGAAUGUCAUUGUCUUGGAUUCCAGCAAACAGCAUGGUCAGCCAUUAUUUCAAACACUGGCGUCCAAUUGCCUAUGCUAUCGCCAGCUCUGGAGAGUGUGUCUUUGCCAUGAUAUUCAGCCUGUUUUUCCAAUGGCUUAUUGAUAGCUAUUCUUGGCAGGGGUCUCUACUCAUCAUUGGAGGUAUUCAGCUGAAUCUGUGUGUAUGUGGAGCUUUGAUGAGACCACUCCAAGCAAAACUACCUUCACAAACCUCUUUCAAAGGCAAACUGGUGCUGGACCCUAAAGAGCAAAGCAAGUUGUCAAAAGGAGUCACUUUUCAAUGGUCUCUGAUUCAGAGGCCCGAGCUGCUGCUAUAUAUCGUGUUUGCCAUCUUGGCUGCUGCAGGUUUCUUCAUCCCACCUUUAUUUCUGGUGCCCUAUGCCAACAGCCUGGGCAUGGAGCAGUACUGGGCAGCCUCCAUCCUGUCAGUGCUGGCACUGGCAGAUCUGCUGGGCAGACUCGCAUGUGGAUGGCUGGCUAAUCUGCGGCUCAUGAGGAACCUGCAGUUGUUGACUAUGGUGGUCACAGCGCUGGGUGUGGUGCUACUUUUGCUUCCCAUUGCACAGAACUACUGGGCAAUCCUGGUGUUCUCUUCACUCUAUGGCUUCCUGUUUGGCUGUGUGGUGGCCAUCCAUGUGACGAGUAUUGUAGAUAUUGUUGGACUGGAGGGGUUUGAUAGUGCCCUGGGGCUCUUCAUGCUGUUACGGAGCUCUGGAGGAUUUGUGGGUCCACCUGCUGCAGGCUGGCUGGUGGACUGGGCCAACGACUUCAGUGCUGGUUUCUACUUGUCUGGCCUCUGCCUUAUCCUGUCCGGUGUUUUCGUGGUGCUUGUGGACAGGCUGGUGGAGAAGAACAAACUCCCUGUCAAACAAUCAGAUUCGUGUAUCGACACUACAGAUCAUCCGAUAAAUAAAGCGGACCACACAGAUGUUUAAAAGUCACCAGUCACUGAAGAUAAUUUAAACUUUGGUCUAUCCAGAGCCAUAUUAUCUUCAUGUUUUUACUUUGCAGAAGUAACAGGCGUUUUAUUAUCGAAACCUCUCACCCCAUAACUUUUAGGCAGUGAGAGGAGAUCUGUUUAGACUCUGGCCUCAAUGCAAGCACAUUUCAAGCCACUACAUGUGAACCAACAAAGACUGUGAUGUGCCAUUCUGAGAGUCUGUUUCUGCCCUUUAGAAAUAAAUCAAUGAGAGCAGAUGCAGCUGCCUUACUGUUAUUAGAAUAACAUCAACAAACAUCGUAAUGUAUUGGCAAAAAAAAAAAAAAAAAAAAGUAAAAUUGGCUAUUUUACUGUAUCUGAAAGCAAUAUAAAUAGUCUUUUGUGUACAGAACAAGCAAUAUGUAAUAUUUCAAGUGGCAUCCAGAUGCAUGUGUCCAAAAAGCACAGUGGCAUCUGCAAACAAAUUAUGCUGUAGACCUCUUCCCCAAAUGUACUUUUCCAAACUAUUUUUACAAUGACUUUUUACAGCCCUUGUGUCACUUGACUUUAGUAUAGACAUAUUCCUCUAGGCUUGACAAGAAAGUGUGCAAAUACUUUUUGUUUUCAUUUUAAACUAUAUAUUUAUUGAUUUGUAAUUUAAAUCCAUUAAGCUUCUCUUUGUGAAAUGUUAUGUUUGAAGAGCGUGUUUGUACUAUUUUAUUUUUUAUAAAUGACUAUGACAUUCAUACAUUUUUAUAAUGGCUUAAGUGUCUGAAAACUUUUUGGGGCCACUGUAUUGUUUCAGAAUUAUGAUGGUGUUUUUCUGCAAAUUGAAAUGUAGAAUUACACAUCAUCGUAAUGAGAAUAAUGCAGUUUCAACUGGUUUUAAGGCAGUGGUUUGGUUCACAAUUUAAAUAAACAUAUCUCACUAGGCACUGUUAGUCUAACUGUAUAGUACCACAUUGAGUUUGUUGAAAAUGGUAUCUGUGGUGUUAAUUAUUUAUGUCCACAAACUGAAUUGUUGGAAUCACAAAGAUGUCUUUGAAAUGUUUAAAUCUACUUAUUUGGGACAAAGCUGGCACAUUAGUUUAACAGAGAAUGUCACCUUUAACCUCAAAACGCAACAGCUAGCAAAAUAAUUUGGUGGACUUAGCUAAUGUUCCUCUUAAGCAGCAGAGAUUCAAGAAAACAUGCUGCCGAUUGUUUAUUUCGCUUGUCUUGCUGACUCUUGCUAUGUUAUUUAAUUUAGUGUCAUGUUCAUUGUAUAGUAUUUUGGUACUUUCCCAAACACACGUUCUCUCACCAAAGAUAUAGAGAAAGACACUUUAUUUUUCUGUGUAAGACAUUAAAUGAUUUGUCAGUUUGCUUUCAUGGUGUGGAUCUCUGGUUUGCUGCUCAGUAAGUCUAAGUGAUGAUCAGGGAACAGCUGUAUUUGGUUUGAUUUUCCCUUUGACGAGCUGAAACGUUUAACUUGUAAAUGAAAAAGGCUAAAUGUAUAAGUGGGAAGAUACAAAGUCUAUGUGAAAUGGGCCAGUAGAAAUGAUUUUUUUUUUUUUUUAAUUUGAAAUCUGAUGAAUGAAAUCAAGUUUGUUGUAGGUGAAUAUCAUGACACUAGGUCUGGCUACUGUAUAUGUGUGCAGAAUAGAUCCACUUCUUCAUCCAGUGCACUUUAACUAGAUGCUAGAACAAUAUUGUUAAUUACCAAUUUUUUAUUUAUUCUUGAUAUUCAGGGAUAACUACAUAUCUCUAUUGACCCUUCACCUUCACAUUUUGUUCAAUCACUGUGAAACAGUUUUACUGUUAAACUUAAUGUCUUAUA